AACUUCAGUGUUUCAUCACUGCACCAACAGCACCGCCUGCAGCAGCAGCAUUCCUGUGCAGAACACAGCAGGUAAGCAGCUGCUGUGGGGUAGGGAAGUACAAAUCCACUGGCUUUACAAGUGUGCUCUGGAAGUGCUUUCAGCUUUCCAAAUGCAGCUCUCGGGAUGCAGCCGGCACUAGGACCUGCCUGAAGCCUCUACGCCCCAGCCUGCAGGGAGCAGAUGAAUCCAGCAGAGCGCGGGUGGCACUGCCGUGCCGCCGCCGGGAGCCCCGCACCGCGAGCCCGGUGCAGCGGGGCCGGGGCCCUUGGCCGCCGAUGCUCCAGCUCUGCCAGGUCACGGCCUCGCUGCUCCUGGGCACGGCCAGGGCAGCGUGCGACGAGGAGCUGCUGGCGCGCGAGGGGGUCACCUUCUGCGUGAACGUCACCAGGCAGCAGCCGUUCCCCCGCCUGCAGCGCGUCCGCGGCAUUCGCGUGCCCGUGUUCGACGACCCGGCCGAGGACCUGUACCGCUACUUCGAGCCGUGCGGCGCCGCCAUCGAGGAGGCCGUGCGCUGCGGGGGGAAGUGCCUGGUUUACUGCAAGAACGGCCGCAGCCGCUCCGCUGCCAUUUGCACGGCUUAUCUGAUGAGACACUGCCAGCUCCCGCUCAAGGACGCGUUCGAGGCUGUGAAAACUGCCAGACCCGUAGCAGAACCAAAUGCAGGAUUUUGGUCUCAGCUGCAGAGAUAUGAAGAAGAUUUGCAGAUACCAAAGCAGUCUGCUCUGCUGAGCAAAGGACUUAAAAAUAGCAAUGUGUGAAGAUACUUUAAAGAAAGUGAAGUGACUUGCUACAGACUUUAAAAAAAAAGGAAAAAAAAUCACUUCCUAAAUCACCUGUACAUAAAACACUUUACCCCCAUAACCUAGUUGAUAGUUCAAUAAAUUCAUUCAGAGCAUUUCUGUUGACAGUGCCUGGAAACAGAGCAGAUAAGCAGGGAAUAACAGCAGAAACAGAAAAUGGUUGGAAGGGCUGUAAGCAAACCAGAGAAAGGCAUGGAAUCUUCAGCAGUUAUUUUCCCCUGAAUGGCACUGAAUAUGGUAACGAUGUACUGAGCAAAGGAAGGAGUUACCACACAGGGAUUCUACUCGUUUUUUAAUUAAACUUCCCAGUGAUGCCAUCAGAAGACAUGAUGCCAGACCAAGGAAGUUCGGAAUUUCUCUCUCACCUACCGGACCAUAAUUCAUGUUAAUGAGCUGACACAACCUUUGGUGGGAAACUGACAGUGGUUGUUGCUUUGUCUCUGCUAUUUUCCUUAUGUUCAACUAGACCAAAGUACCUUUGAGAAUUACCUAAAAAUCCAGAAUAUGCAGAUGAUGGUAAGGACUUCAGCUCCCACCAUGCAGGCUAAGUGCCUUUUCAGCUUUUGAAAUGAUUCUCUUAAACAGCAGAGGAAUUCUUUAAAAAACUGAAGAUGACAGUGGAGGGAAGAAGAUGACACUGGCAAUCUAGAAGUAAUAACCACUCCUUUUAGCUUUACUUACUAAGUCUAACAGUGCCCAGUUCAUGCCCUAAUGUGUUAGUUUACAAGUCAGCUGUUCCUGCAUGCAAGCAACAUGGCUAAAUCGUUUCUGCUGAGACUGCUUGCAGGUUGCCCUCUGAAAUUAUCUAUCGGGCCAUCAAGGAAACCACAUGAAACUUCUAGGUCAGACUGCUAGAUGUUUAUCAUUAGCCAUUCAAACUAGAUUUUUGUCAAACUGUAUGAAUACAUUUGUAAUUUUAAAGGGACAAGUUAUGGAACCUGUGAACCUGCAGAGUGAAAUUCCAUUCCACCUUACUGAAGGCAAGUAAAGUUAGCUCACUGCCAUCUGCCUAAGUGCUCGCACAAGGCAAACAUAUGCUCCCAGCAGUGGAGUAGUUUAAGAAAGAAAUUCUAAUGAUGGAACAAUGACAGAAAAUAAAACUACUGGGGAAUUACUUGAAUUAGACAAUUCAGAUGCAGUAAAAGUUCCCAAAUUUAAAGACUGCUCAAAGUUAAACUAGUAUUAUCAUUUUCUUAGUUACCACAUGGCAUUUUGCACCAGAUGCUUUCUCCACUCCCAGAUGUGUUUGGUUCAUUCUGUAUCAUUUAUCUUCUGUAUCUGCAUGACAACCAACAAGGAAUUUGUUGCACAUCUGCAGAUUUGAAGGUGAGUGGUUGCUAGAAUAUUUUUUUGUAGCUUUUGUAAACCUUGACUAUCAAAGAUAAGAAUUUCAGUAUAACAGCAGAUCCUUAUUAGAGGAUUCCAUUCGUCAAAAAAUGUUUCAGUGAGUCUGUGGAACAAAGUUUAUUUCUUGUCAAAACUAAAGCUGCUAAACAAAAGAAGGAAGCUAAAUAUUAAUGAAAACACAUUUCUAACUGUGAGGCAUAUGAACUUGCAGUCAGAUAUAGCUAUCAGUUCCACAUGGUUGAGUCAGCUGAAAUAGAAACCAUUGCUCUUGAGUGUCAGCGUAUACUGUGCUCUGGUUAAAUUUUACCAGGCUUCUCAGCACACAGAAAACCUUCAUGCCACAGGAUUUCACAUCACAGCAUCUUCUGUAGAAAGCUAUUUACAUCUGAAAACCAUUCCUAUUUACAGCAAAAACCAUACCUCCUCCUUGUACUGCUCCAAAGUAAGGCAUAGGAUUUUAACUUGGAACCAGAACAAAGAAGCAGUUCACAAGCCACUAACACUACAGGUGAUGCAGAGUGUAAGCUCAGACAUACUCCUUGUUGCUUAUGACCGUCUCAGAGUUCCUGGGGUACAUGCGUGGCUGAGAAGCUGCCUGGGCUGCUGAAUAUGCAUAUUUGUUGGGACUGUAAAUUAAGAAAAAAAAGAUAUAAAAUAGUAGGUAUUAGACACAUGCCCAUGGUCUCAGAUACUUAGAAGUUACUCAAUUAGCUCUGUAUCCAACCCACCAAUAGCACGUUCUUCACAACGGUGCAGAAAUUAGAGGCCUCCUGUUCUCAUCAUUCUGGUAGCUAAGGGGAAAUAGAUGGGGUCCCUGAUGGGCUGCACAGCCCAUUCCCUCAUAACCAAAACCACACUCUGGAUUCCUAACUCACAUGUGCUCUUCCCUGAGGCAUUUCAGUCAAGGCCCUAAAGCAGAAGAGAACCUAGCCCUCAACACUUUUGUCCAAGCUGCAGGUUUUAAUACAGGAAUCAAAAUGAUGAAGAAAGAAAACAGAAGUGUCUUCAGCCAACCCCUUCAACUGUCAUUCAUCACACUGAACAUCUAUUUCAACUAUCAGUUUUACCUGAUUUUCAGGACAUUUCAGGACAUUUGGUACUUCAUAUCAAAGUACGGUGAGCAAAAUCUAAAGUCCAAUGUGGCUGAUGAAAUAUUACCAUAAAACUGAAAUGGUUUCAGAUUGGGCAAUGGAGUAUCAGAGGAACACUCACUCACUAUAUUUUGACAUAACUUUCCUAAGAUUAAAUAGAGCAGCAGUGAAUAUGCUUCUUCCUUGCAUAUUAUAAUCCUCUCGAGCUUAGCUAGUACAACCUCCAAGCUAUUUGAGUUCUGGUAGACAUGGACUUCUGCUAUUUCUGUCCUCUCCUUCAAAAAGAGACCUUCUGUACGUGUCAAAAUUUAAGACUGAAGUAAAAAUGCAGGGAAGGUUAAAUAUUGAGGCCAGAAAUCCCAACUUUUGUGAUUUGACCUGCGACAAGACAUUUCCAUAAAGAACAAGAAAAAAACCAUAUUUGUAGUGAUCAGUUCCAGGUGCUUUGGGAAAUGCCUUUACACUUUCUUGCAAAUUGAACAGUGUUUGAAUAUUUUACUCACAGUGUGUACUGCAGAGAAACUGGAUCAUAAUACAUUAUGGGGUUUUAUAUACUUUUCUUUUGGCAACAGUUUGCUCUUUCACUGCACAUAUUCACCAUGUAGAACUUAGAACCACCAGCAGUGCCCAGAAUUACCAAAUACAAGUUAGAGGUGACUGCCAAUGGUGGUGCAUCAAGUACCCUGGUCUGGGAGGUGCAAGUCUUUGGGACAGCAUCCCCUGCCAUCACCAGUCUGUGACAUGCCAUAGCACUGUUUGUAAUUUACACCACAUAUUUAUACCAGGGGGUGAGAGAGAGACAGAAUAGUGCACAGAUAGAAAGUGGCAUGUCAUUGACAGCUACUACUUCAACUGACAAAUCCAAGAUUACCUGUAAUUCUCUUUUUCCUUCCCUUUGCAUGAACAGGUCAGUAAGAUCCCACCAAGUAUAUAAAGAACAGAUCCAGCCCAGCCUAAGUACAGAGCUUCUCCUAGCUCAUACCUGAAACAUGAAAGAUUUUAUGGAAACAACUUAUAACAGGAUCACAAAGCCAUGCAAACAAAUUCUAAUCUGCAUAGAAAUCAGCUAACUGAAAGGCACUUCAACAGUUAACAGAAAACAGACCCAGCUUUGGGUCUGCUCAGUAAAACUCUUCUUUUUAUAGAGUUGCUUUGCCAAAUUAGUGCCAGUACAGAGAGUACUAAGCAACAUAAAGAUAAGUAGCAAUAAGUAAUUGUGUGUAUUUAACAAAUUGUUGAUAAAUAAUAAUAACAACAUACCUCCUGUGCCACCCACAGCACUUAUUUUGCCCUUUUAUUGGCUGUCACUGAAAUGAUUUUGUGAAACUGAAUGAUUCAGAUCUUACUGUCUGUAUGCUGAGAAAAGGCUGACCAUGGACAUCAGUUUUCUGGGAAACACAAUGCUAGGUCACUUACAAGUAGCUGGUUGUAUAGGGCUAGUUUUAAAAUUUAGGUAUCCUAAAGGAUAUUCAGCACCCUCUGUGGCUGUAUGGCUGAAAGGCAUUUAUGAAUGUCCCAGGCUGAAAAAGAAUAGUUCUCUGUUUUACUGUACAGAACUAUACCUUUCAGGAAACCUCCUAGUCCAGUCCAAGAAAUUCAUUGAUAAUGAAUUUCUCCCAAAGACUAGACACAACUGGGUCUGGAAAAGUCUGGCAGGAGUUUCACAAAAAGAGGAACACAAAUUUUUAUGAUCAGAGAAAAACUAUAUCCACGAUCCACCUGUACAUCUGUGGUCUGAAAUAUAAGGGCAAAAUAUAAGGGCAAAAUAAGUGUCAUGGACUGCAUUGAAGGUACACUGGAACCAGAGACUUGUGUUUUCUUUCCACUUGUAAACACAAAAUCAUUAUUUUAAAAUGUCAAAGCUUCUGACUCUGGAACUCAUUGCUAACAGGAGGGUUUCAGAGGUUUACACAGGUUCACAGCUCUCCGUGUUCUCAUUGCACAUGGGAGCCACAAGGUCUCUGCUGGUUUAGGUACUUCCAAACAUGGAAGCACAGAGUCAUUAUCAAAAAAAUCCAGGAGUACAAGUUGCACAUUGCCCAGUGCCUGCAAUUAUUUCUGCUCACCAGUCACCUACAGACAAGAAUGAUGCAGAUGUCAUACCAAAGGAAAGUAUAUAGGAGACAUCUGCAGGAGAACUUCGUUUGCCUUCAAAGCUGUAGGAGAAACUCCUCUAAGAAUUGGCAGAGGUUAACUUCACUAAUUUGCUGAAGUCACACCAAAAAAAUGCAGUCUGAAAAACUAGAUUUGCCAGUCUCUUAAGAAUGAAGAUCAAUACUGGCAUGCAAUUGAAUUUAAACUCAUCUCACAGACUCCAUGUCCAGCUUUACCAAUGAUCAAACUUAAUUCAUCAAGAACUUCUCAGUGAAUCAAUAGCUUAAACAUGAAGUUUAGAUAUUAAAAAAAAAUAUUUCUUCAGCUACUGAAUGCAAACCAUCUGGUAACUGAUUAACAGGCAUUGAUGUUGAAGCCCCAAAGCUAUAGCAGGUAACUAUAAAACACACCAACUAUCCGACUAACCGAAAUUCCUUAUCAACAGUUGUUUCAGUUCUCUGAUGUAUUUAUUACCCUUCAUGUAGUUCUCUCAAGGGGAUAUAAAACAACAAAAAGUAACUGCACAAAUACAAUUUCUUUGUAAGUACUUCAUUGAAAACACAGGGAAAACUGACAAACAAUGAAAGCAAUUGCUUAAAGUACUUUGAUUUACCACAAAGCACUUCACCUCUGACUUCCCUGAACUGAUUCCGAGGCAGGAACUUACAAAACACUUCAAAUACGAUCCUAGCAACUAACAAUUUAUAGUUUACUGAUCUAUGAAUUAUAUACUUGGUAGAAGUAUGUUAUAUAUGUCUCAUAUUCCACAGACAAUAUAUUUCCCUCUCCUUUUCCCCCUCUCUGAAGGAGAGGCCCAGUCACCUCUACCCUUGUUCCUCAUUGCUAAGCAGGGCACCUAGAUAAGGUGCCAUAAGCUGCCAUUUGGUUUUGACAACUGUUAGUUUUAUAUCAGACAAAGAGUAAGGGCUUUUAUACCUCAAAACCUGUUUGCAUGCAACUGCACUAGCUGAAAAUCCCAAAAAUUUUGCCUCAUUUUAAUUCAUAGGGCAAAAAAAUGUUGAGCUGUUAAUAUAUAGACAUAUAUAAGACAGGCAGCAAAUUUCUCUGCAGAUCACUAGUACAAAGCUCGAGCUGCUUUGCAUGUGACUUUCCCUUGCAUGUACAUCUGAGGCACUUUAUUCUAGCCAGAACUUGUCUUUUGUACCUCUUUUGGUUUAAAUGCCAAAGCAGAUUAGGAAUUUUGCCUUUUCUUCUUAAUAACACUGAGAUAUGCACUUAAUUGAGUCUCUCAAGAAUAUACAAACACAGUACAAAACCCCUCAGAUGCGGGGUUGAUAUUCCUCACAUAUUCAUUAACUCUUCCAGGAAAGAACUCUCUUCCCUCCCCAACGGCACCUCUGAGGUGAAAAGAUUCCCUGAGUACAACUUUUUCCUCCUGUAGGACUGGAUUAUGGGAUCCAUCCAGGUUCUGAAACUCUGGAGCAGCUGAGGUUAGUGCAGCUGUCUAACACAUGAUGGAGUUUGGUAUGACAAAUACAUUAACUUACUUGGUUCCAGCGUACAGUUGGUUAAAAAACUGAGCAGUAACCAUUGCAGCAUACCAAGAAACAGCCACCAUGGAGCAGAGACCUACCAGAAAAAGUUAAAAAGCACACAUGAGUGAUUCAAAGGCUGUAACAGCUUUAAACCAAGAACAAGUUCAUUUCAUUUAGUCUGGCUGUGAAAGCAAUACAAAGUAUCAAUAGUGCUCUCAUUUCAGCCUCGAUAUUACCUCCUAAAAUAAAAAGAAAUCCGCCUGUGACGGCAAACUUCAUUUUUCCAUCUUCAUCACUCAACCCAAUGUUUGUGCACUUCAAACCAAGCAGUGAGAGUACUGUAGCCAAGAAUCCCAGAAGGAUGGAAGUAAUCAUCAGGGCACGGCAUGCCUGAAUGUGAGCUAAGACAUAAAAGAGAAAACAAAUCAGGAUCUAUACAGAAAUUACAUUAACGUUGUGCUGAAAAAAAUAAAAGUGAUUCGAGGGAGUGACAAAAUUAA